CAUAAAACACUAUUUUUUAUCCUUCUUUAAAAUGUGAUGUGUAACUGGUAAACUGUGAAAAGUAUUUGAGAGUCUUGUUGUUCUGACAUAGACCACUAGAUGGUCCUCUUGUUCCUUGUACAUUAUUGGAGAUGGCUUAGGGCUGUAGACUUGAGUGCGAUGUAUACUGGGGACACUUAAAACAAUACUCUGGUCAUAGAGUGAACUCGGACACUUGAAUGGAUUUGAGGAGCUUUAAUGUGAUUUCUUGUAUCUUUUCAUCUGUCCGUCUGAUAAUCUAUCCUUUCAUCUGGUUAUAACAUUUGAAUCAUAUUACGAACUAAAAUUAUACACACAUAUACCGUAUGCUUUGAAUAACUAUUAAGAGUUUACAUCAACAAUCACCCAAAAUAUGUAAAUUAAUCAAGUUAAUUAGUAUCAGAACAUGAAAUAACUAUCAAAGAAACAAAUAUUUACAAACCCACCUUUAUCAUAGACGCAGAAGCUACAGCAGUUGAGCAGUUGAGUUAUUAUUUUAAUAGAUCCAUAAGUUGAGCUCGAAGUUACAGCGUUACCAUGGUGCUCCCAAGGACUCCUGAGCUGUCUAAGGAUGCCUAAACUAAAUAAACAUUACUGAAAUAACAGUUAUCCUGGGGAAUUUAUAACAUACAUAACCCUACAAAUUCUUAGAUCAAAGAUCUUGGCAGACAGAACAGAUUAGAGAUGUGACGAUGCAUGAAUUGGUCCUCAAGGUUUAUGACUCAAGUUGAGCAAGCUGUGCAUUUAUUUUUAGAGCUCACAAGAAAAACAUGCUACUAUAGAGCCUAAAACGAAAAUACACUUUCUAUAGGUCUAUGUUACAUACACUGUAGUCCCCAUCAUUACAAAUAUUUGAAGAUGUUUCUGAAUCAAUAAAUGGAGAAUAUCCUGAAUAAAACCUAACCAAACCAGCAUAAUUCAAUUUUGAAUUAAAUGUUAUUUUGGAUGUUCAAACACUGAACUCUACAAUCAUUUAAUAGUCAUUACAGCACUCAUAACCCCACUCCUGACACUCUCUAAAAUCAAAAAUUGCCCUGCCAUGGACCUUGAUAACUAAAGCUUUUUAUUAAAGAAAUUAAUCCUCUUAUGGAACAGAAUUAGUUUCCUCUCAUUCAGUUUCACUGCAAAACAGUUCUUAACCAAUACAUUUCUAGUGUGUAGAUCUGAUUAUGUAAUCACAAUUCAACAGAUAUGUGCAGAAAAGACAAUUUGUUUUUUUUCACGGACUACAAUUUAUACAGUUUACAAAUAUUAAAACAUUCACCCAAAUGAUAUAUCAUCAAUAGAGACAGAUUAGAUUCAAUUUAAAAUACCUAACGGCAUUUGUAAUGAAGUUAUUGACGUUUCAUUGAUAUUUUAGGUCAAAAGUUGCUGGCUGAUUUAAAGUAAACAUGCCCUUUGAUCAUAAGAUCAGCCUAAUCAUAAACUCAGGUUGAGGCCAGUGUUGCAGCAGAAGUGGUGAGGAGAGCUAGUGGAGACAACAUGAGAAGAUUCUUUGUCUUUGUGUCACUGCUCUGCCUAUGUGGACACUCCUCAAGUCAAGAGUGUCACCAAGAGCUUCUGGAGAAUGUGGAUUUUCCAGGAACAGACAUUGAGUUUGUCUACUCUCCAGAUGUGAACCAUUGUCAGCAGAUGUGUACUCAGCACCCCUCCUGCCUCUUCUUUACGUUUCUCCGUGCAGACUGGACAAGAGAUAACAGACAUUUUUACUGUUACUUGAAGAAGACCUCCUCUGGACAGCCUAGUGUCCAGACACCUCUUCUGGGAGUGACCUCUGGGUAUUCCCUCAAACCCUGCCCUGAACAUCAAGCUCCAUGUUUUGAUCAAACAUACUCUAACUUGGACUUUCCUGGGGCUGACUAUCGCGUUCUCUUCACCACUGACUAUGAGGAGUGUCAGAGAGCUUGCACACAGGAUCCUGGCUGCCAGUUUUUCACAUGGGCAAACAGCCUUUUUUCAAAUGAGAAAAUAAGGUACAAAUGUCAUCUGAAGUUCAGCUGGACAGUUCCAUUGACACCUAUUGUGGAAAAAAAGAGUGGUGUGGUAUCUGGCUUUUCUCACAAUGCACUGAUAGACACAAGUCAGAAUUUCUUCAAAGAAUGCCAGACCAAAUAUUUCUUCAAUGCUGACAUACCUGGAAAUGACCUUUUGAGGAUGCCUGCUGCUUCUCCUGAACACUGUCAAAUACUGUGCACCACUCACCCAUCCUGUACUUACUUCUCCUUUGAAAGCACCACAUGUUACUUGAAGAACAAUCCCAAUGAGAUGGUGACCUUUGUUAAAGCUGGAGUAACAUCUGGACUGCCUUCACGUUUUUGUCAACCAGACAUGAACUGGCUAACAGUGACUCAUGAAGGGACCGAUUUCCGAGCCUCUGACAUGCGAUUUGUUCUGCUGGACAAUGCGGAAAGCUGUCAGAGAGCAUGCAAUGAUGACUCCAACUGCCAGUUUUUUACCUAUGUCAAUGAGAACUUCUUUGACAGCGUGUAUUGGGGGCGGUGCUAUCUGAAGCGUGUCAUCAAUGUUCCUGCUCCACUCAAAGUAACCAAAUUGGCUAAUGUGGUGUCUGGGUUUGCUUUGAGAAGAUGUAGUAGUCACACUGUUUGAAAGAAGUCAAGUUGUUUAAAUAAACAAAAGUUUUUUUGACUAAAGUCAUGAAAACUAUUCCACUACCACUUUCCUUCUGAUUAUAUCAUUAACAAAAUAUUUUUAUGGAUUUAUUAGGUGUUUUACAUAGUAUAUGAAGAUCUCUUAAACUGAGCAGCAGACAGUGGGUGAUCUGGCUCAAAUUUAUUUAGGUUAUUUGGCCUGUCAUGAUAAUUACUAUAGUGACUUAUCGUUCAAUAAAUGGUAGAACAGUCAUUUUUUUCUUUGGACUAGUGCGCAGUGUUAUUUUCCUGAUCUACAAUAAAUUUUGGGCUUGAGUAGAUUUGAAUAAAUAACUUCUAUGACUCAUUA